UCUCAGAGGAGGUUGUAAGCCGGGGCCCAGUUGGGUGCUGUAAAAUAAUUAUUUAUUAUUAAUGAGGAGAGGCUUGGCAGUCUGGCUUGCCAUAGGGAAAUGAAUCCUGGAGGUGCUGGCUCAUUUUGCCAGAUUGUUCCCCCCAUCCUCCAGAUUUCUCCUUGCUCUGAUCCCAUUAAGAGAGGGAUCAUGCGAUCGUCUUCAAGUUGUUCUAAGGCAAGCUUACUAUGGCUUUCACACGGCAGAGAGGUGGUAACUAGGUCAGCUGCAUGUAGCCCAAGGGAACAGCUGUUAGUGGGUGGUUUUUAAUCCCCCUCGCCAGGUUUUCUUGCCUGUAAAACCAGCACUUCCGUUGAAGUGAAGCCGUUCUGCUUGCCGGGAAGGCGUUAAUGAGAAGGAAACUAAUGACACAACCUGUUCAGAGCACUGAAUGCAAGAGGAAUGCAUGUGAAUGUGCUAAGGAGGGAUUGCUUGCCAGCUGACCUCACGGCUGAGUGCGGUCUGCAGAGUUCUUUGAGAUGCUGGAAAAAAUGCAGGCACCAAAACCUGAAGACCAGAGAACGGGAAGCCACAAAAAUAAGGAAGAUUACAUCCCAUACCCCAGCAUUGACGAGAUUUUAGAGAAAGGAGGCCCUUAUCCCUUAAUCAUUCUGCCUCAGUUUGGCGGGUAUUGGAUUGAAGACCCAGAAAACAUCAGCACGCCCACCUCGUCGGAUAGCAGCAUCUACGAAGAGGAAGAGGAAAACCUGAGCCCUAGCACAUUUGGGUAUAAAUUAGAGUGCAAAGGUGAAGCCAGGGCGUACAGAAAACACUUCCUAGGGAAGGAUCAUUUAAAUUUUUAUUGUACAGCCAGCAGCCUAGGAAAUCUGAUUCUUUCUAUUAAGUGCGAAGAGGCAGAUGGUACUGAAUAUUUAAGGAUCAUACUCAGGUCCAAAGUGAAAACAUUACAUGAAAGGAUCCCCCUGGCAGGACUUAGCAAGUUUCCUAGUAUCCCGCAGAUUGCAAAGGCUUUCUGUGAUGAUGCCUCUGGACUGAAGUUUAACCCCGUCUUGUAUCCCAAGGCAUCCCAGAUGAUAGUGUCUUAUGAUGAGCACGAAGUUAAUAACACAUUUAAAUUUGGUGUGAUUUAUCAGAAAUUUAAACAGACUUUAGAGGAAGAGUUGUUUGGGAAUAAUGAAGAGAGCCCUGCUUUCAAGAACUUCUUGAGUUUGCUAGGGGAAACCAUAACACUCCAGGAUUUUAAAGGUUUCCGAGGGGGUCUGGAUGUAACACAUGGUCAGACUGGUACCCAAUCUGUGUACACUGUAUUCAGGGACAGAGAGAUUAUGUUUCAUGUCUCCACAAAGUUGCCUUUUACUGAAGGAGAUGCACAGCAGCUCCAGAGAAAGAGACACAUUGGUAAUGACAUAGUGGCAAUUAUAUUUCAAGAAGAAAACACUCCGUUUGUCCCUGACAUGAUUGCCUCAAAUUUCCUGCAUGCGUACAUCGUUGUGCAAGUGGAGAGUCCUGAGACUGACAAUGAAUCCUAUAAGGUGUCAGUCACUGCCCGGGAAGAUGUCCCUUCGUUUGGUCCUUCUCUGCCAAGCCCACCAGUAUUUCAAAAAAACGCAGAAUUCAGGGAGUUCUUGCUUACCAAACUCAUCAAUGCUGAAAACGCGUGCUGCAAAUCUGACAAGUUUGCAAAGCUGGAGGACCGGACCCGAGCGGCAUUGCUGGACAAUCUCCAUGAUGAGCUUCAUACACACACACAGGCAAUGCUCGGGCUGGGGCCCGAGGAAGAUAAGCUUGAGAAUGGAGGUCAUGGAGGCUUCUUGGAAUCAUUUAAGCGAGCCAUUCGAGUCCGCAGCCAUUCCAUGGAAACCAUGGUGGGGAGUCAGAAGAAACAUCAGAGCGGCGGGAUCCCCGGGAGCCUGAGUGGUGGCAUCGCUCACAACAGCGGUGAAAUAACAAAGACGACCUUCUCGCCUCCUGUAGCAGCAGCUGCAACAGCCAAGAACCAGUCGAGAAGCCCUAUUAAGCGACGGUCAGGGCUGUUCCCCCGUCUGCACACAGGAUCAGAAAGCCAAUCAGAAAGCAGGACGAGAUGUGACAGUGUUUCAGGAACACAGAAGACACCGGAUGGGGGACAUUCUUCUCAAGACAUGAAAUCUGAAACUUCAUCUAACCCUAGCUCUCCUGAAAUAUGCCCCAACAAAGAAAGGCCAUUUAUUAAAUUGAAAGAGAAUGGAAGAUCAAACAUCUCACGCUCUUCAUCAAGUACCAGCAGCUUCAGCAGCACAGCAGGGGAGAGUGAAACCUUGGAAGAAUACGAUAGCGUGGGCAGCCAGCCAUCCACGGCAUCACCUUUCAAACAGGACGUGUUUGUCUAUGGCUCUUCUCCCAGCAGUGAGAAUCCAAGCAUGGCAGCAGCUGCGACACCAGUGAUCAUGAGCAGGAGCCCCACAGAUAUAAAGAACAGAAACUCUCCAAGGUCAAAUCUAAAGUUUCGCUUUGAUAAGCUUAGCCAUUCCAGUUCCAGCACGACUCACUAGCAGGAGCCAGACAUCAUGAACUUGUAAAAGGUUUUCUGUUAUAACAAAGGGAAAACUCUUCUCUUCCACUAUCAAAUGGGAAACCCCAUGAGCUACACGAAUAGCAAUGGCCACGCUGCAUUGUGAGCUCUUCACCCACUCAGCUGUACCUUUAAGUGAGUCGAGAAGAAACUGCCAUCUAGUAGUAACGUCUGUAUUCUAACAAGAACCCAUCAGUGCAGAAUGGUAACACAUUGCUCGACUCCCGUUUUGUCUGAUAAACCCUCCAUUCUCGCACUGCAUCUGGAAAUGCAUUUCUGCCAUGUACUUGAAGUCCCUUCACCCUCUCGCUCGGUACUCUGAAACGUGCUAACCUUGUGUGCACCUUGUAUGUACGGUAGCUAUUUGUCUUAAGAUGAGUGCUGUUCAUCUUGUGUUGCUUGGACUGGGAAAAGACAGUUCAAUGACAAAUCCUGUUUCCUCUAGGCUUUUUCAUAUUGCAGUUCUGUGUCUAUCCAUUUGCGCUCGCAGAUGAUUUUCUUUAUCUAGAAAGUAGGCAGGACAGCUAUUCUCUGUUGGCUCAGGAUGUCUCUGUGCUUUGUUUUUAAUUACCCAAUGAAAAACAACUGGUCAGGUUUCUUUGGUUUGUUGUUAAGGGUGGGGGGAGCUUGCACAAGUUCUUUCAAACCUAUUUAUUUGUCUCUUAGCUUGGACAGGAGGGAUUUCCUCCACCUCCGUUAAGGGAUUUUGGAGCAAAUCAAAGGCAAAAUUCUGUGCUGCUGAAAAUCAGAUCUCUGUUGACUUCAGAGAAGCACCAUGGAGGGAGUCCUGGGUUUUUUUCCUGGCCCCUGUGAGUAAACUUGGGCAGUAACUUCUGUCUGCCUGUUCCCUUCCCCUGAGUUGGGGUGGGAGCUGUCGCAGAAGAUGGGCUUGUUCAGUGCCUAGCACAAUAGGACCUCCAGGCACUCACACACUGGAAAUAAUAGUAAUGGAGGUGCCACCAUUUUACUUUAGAGAAUUUGGCUAUCACUCUCGAGGAGGACAUAUGGGCUGGAGAAUAUCCAUGUGGCUGAAAUCUCUCUCCAGCAAACAAAUGAUAAGCUGUUAAGAUGCUGACUUUUGUUGUUUGUGUAAAUUCACUUGGCAGGACUGCAUAACACACCAGCUUGGAGAAAGUGCCUCCCCUUUGCUGUGUAAUGGCUUAUACGCAUGCUGCGGGGAGGAACUGCUAAGGCAAAAUAGGGCCGGGAAGAAUGGGAAAAAAUGCAGUGAAAAGAGAGUGAUGCAUGAGCAAACACCACACUCUCAUAACCAAAAACCCACGUCUCCAGCUAUUGCUCUACAGCCCCCUGAUUCCACAUCCCCUUGGGGGGAAUGCUGGUUCAUGCAAACAGGGCUUUAAUAAGGUUCUCCUUUGGUUGGGCUGCGUCCGUGCGGGUCAUAUUUUUAUAGGGGCUGGGAUGGUACACAAGAGCCUGCAGAAUAACCUGGGCCCACACAAGCUCCUGGGAGAUAUCACCAGAGAUUCUGCAUGUCACCCACGUAGUAAAGUAAGUUUGCUACUAGAAAAGGGGCAUAGAUGGGAGAGCAGGGUGUAAAAUGUAUAAAUAUACAACAGAUUUACAGGGUUGUGAGAAGAGUCAGGCAUCUUCCCCCCCCCCCCCAUUUUUUGUUCCACUUGAUGCUUUUUAGAUUUCACUCCCACCUCCUAGGUCAGUUCAUCAGUGUUACCCCAAGGGCAUUGUUGAAGAACACCUCGAUCCCUUACUACAGCUCAAUUGCUGUGGACAAAGAGCUAGGACCUGAGCGUCCCCACAGUUCAAAUGCAGAAAUUUAAUCAGCCACCAGGGUGUGAAUGUAUGUCUGUUGCCCUGCACUUUUUAUUUCAGUGCAAUGUGAGCGUGGGACGACAUCAUUCUGAUUGGCUGCUUUGCACCAUGUGACUGACAGGACAAGGUGUACUGCAAGACAAUGGAGAUUAGCGUCUGGCUGAUUGUUUAAACUUCUAGUACUAUGGGAACCCAUUACAUUAAUAAAAGAACCUUUUAUUUUUAUCAGCAGCUGAAUUGCAGUGAGAGGGGGAAGUGCUUUCUAUAAAUAAAAACCCUUUUCUCCUGCCCCCACAUGCUCACAGCAGCCCCAAAAGGAGCCACUAAGCUGCUGUUGUGGCGUGGUGACUGACUGAUUGCAGCCAGGGCUACACUCAACCUGGAAGAUUGGGUUAAAGUAUACACUUCUAGCAAGUACUCCCGUCAGCUUUCCUUACGCCUUGCGACUGCCAGGAGUACCAGUGCUGACUGGCACUGCCCUCAGCGUUCGAUUUAGUGGGUCUUAACUAGACCCGCUAAAUUGAAUGCCAGAAGAACGAUCUCCAGCAUGGCAAGUGAAGACGUGGCCUAUUAAGUAGAUCUCAAAAGCACCUACUUACUGCCUUUUAUGUACCAGAGCAUCACCAAGUGAUGCUCCAGUGACAUUAAUGGAGCUAUGCUGACUUUCACCAAUGUAACAAAUGUUAGGUUCAGGGGAAAGACUGUUAAUAUUUUUUCAGUAACU